AUGCCCUUGGAAGAUAUGAAUGAGUUCCCCAUGCAUAUACUGGAAGUGGUCAAUUCACACAUGAUAUUAAACCAAUACAACAGUCAUCCCUCAGCAAUGAGAACACCUGAUUUCGAAGCUCGGCUCAAACACAUGAUUGUAACUGUGAUCAAGCAAGCUGUGGAUUUUCUUAGCAAUGAGGGACACAUCUUCUCCACUGUGGAUGAUGAUCAUUUUAAGUCCACAGAUGCAGACCUGUAA